CAUUUUGGCACUCACGGGAUGACGAUCGACAAACGAGCGACGUCGGCGCCGUGGCUGCUGCCGCCGAUCGCGCUGCAGAUUCUGCACUACCUUGACGAUGCUGACGACGCACGCGCCUAUCUUCAAGCAGCGCCAGACGGCAGCCUCGAUGACGCGCUCGACGCGCUACGGACGCUCUUGGCCAAAAACAAGCUGCUUUCCCUGUGGCCGAUGCCGCACAUUGCCAGUCUGGACAAAGCCUACUACGCUGAUCCAACCGUCGUGAUGAGAGCGCUUCCUCUCUUCAAGGAGAUCACGUUCACUAGCCGCCGAGCCGGUUGGACCAUCUGCGAAGGUGCCCACGCGAUAGUUCUGCCACCGACGACUGCCGUGAUCGCCGACGUCAACCUUGAGGUCGUUGGUAGCGUCCGUGAAGCGCUCGGAAAGUGGUUGCCGAACCUCGCGGCUCUUAACAUCGGAAACGAACUGUACCAGGACUUGGCGGCCGUCGUCGCGGACAACCUCUCGGCAUGCCAUGGUCUCCGCACGCUGUCCCUGCAUCAAGAAGAGGAGCUGGACCGAGAGUCGUUUGUUCAUACACUAACGGCUAUCGUCGCAACAUGCCCGCAGGUCGAACGUAUUAGCGUCGGUUCCUCCAGCUACUCACCCGUGUGGGACUGCAAGGCGCUCCUCGCUUGGCUGGCGCUGCCCACCGCACGUCAUCUUAAGCUAGACGGCACCGACUUCCAAGACGAGUCCGGCUUCGAGCUGGCGAUGGUCAUGCUCACGUCGAGUACGCUCGAGACGAUCACGCUCUCGGAUGUUCCGAGUCUCACGCGUGCGGUGGUCUCUCCGUUCUCGCCGCCGUUGCCCCAGAACCUGCGGCACUUGACCAUUAUCGACUCCAUGUUGGCCCAGGAGCCCGGUAAGGACGACACGUUCAAUGAUAUGUACGGCAAUGGCGAGGACGACGAUGUCGUCGAUCCACCGCUGCCGUUUAAUGACGGGGACGUGGCCGCGCUCGCCGCCAAGCUGUCGACUGCCUCACGCCUCGAAGGCUUUAGUUUGACGGCGCCAACGUUUUGCGAUGCCACGCCGCUUGUUAACGUCUUGGUGCAGCUACCGACGUUGAAUCGUCUCUUUUUGUGUGACGUGCACCUGACGUCGUUCCCGCCACUGCGUCCGCUUUUGUAUCUCCACCUCGUCUCGGUGACGUUCUCGGACAAGGCCAUUGAGCACCUGGCGACUCUGCUUUUCUCGACGCCCAAGCUGCUGCAGCUGGACCUCAGCUACCAAUACAACCCGCUGCCCGAUGGCCAAUUCAGGACGAUCUUGCGUGCGCUGCCUCAAUGGUUGAGCGGUCGCAGUGCCGUGUGCCGUGUCAACAUUUCGAUGGCGGGCAAUGCGUGCGCCAGUGACAUGGCAGCUGCGCUUGCCCAGACGCGCAAUUCGCACAAAGUCAAAAUCAUGCUUCGUACCAAUGGUGUCUCGCUGGACGCCAAGAAGCAGCUUGUCGCGGCGAUAGCAUCGACGUCGCAGAUGGCGCUCUUCAUCGACGGAGCCAAUCGUCUUGAAGAGGACGAGCUGAAAGCGUACGGUCGACAACUGCGUCUCCAGAUCACAACUCGCAAGGACCAUCCGGGCUGGCCCAAGCAGUGCUGGUUCCACUCGCCACGUACAUUGACCGACUAGCGACGCCGCAUGACUACAUCGUAGCUUGAAAAACAAUCUCAAUACCAUUCGUCG